GAACCAAUGGGAGGCAGGGGGCGGUCCUUCGUGCGCGUUAGCUGGCUAAGUAGCGUUUCGUUAAACGUACAGAAAAAUGGAUGGAUGCUUAAUUGUCGAGUUUGUUAGAAUUUGCAGCGUUGGUGUUGGGGUUUCGUUGUCUUGAUUGUGAAGCGGUUGGUUGAGAAAAUCCCAAGUGUCUUUUCCGUUCAGCUGAAGUAACCGGACCGGGUGAACGGUGUCUGUGGGCUGACUCCUCCUGCGGGUGCCUUCGUCUAGCUGGCUCGCUAAAUGGCUGAUACUGCAGAAGUGGCUGGCAGUUAGCUGCCUCCCAGACACGAAGUCUGGAGGCGAGAGGGCGGAUUAAACAAACAAAAAAAGGUUGGAGAACCCAGGUUGUUUUGGGGAGGAGAGGAAUGUCUGGCCGCCUAGAAGAUACAGGAUCGGGGAAAGUUCUUUCUUCCAUAACCAUGCUUGGUCCUGUCAGUUUUGGCUGCUGUCGCUGGGGAAAUUUCAUGUCCGUUAAUCUGCUGGCCUCCUGAGACAUCGAGGACAUGCCACCUCAGCGAGAUCACCUCCGAUAGGAUUCAUUGUACGUUUUAUUUCAUGUUUUUAAAAUGUAAGCGACGAGCGUGCACCGACUGACGAAGAUUGUUGGAUACUUUUGCAACGCCGGCAACCAAAGAUUUUUUUAAGCGACCGAACAAAGGGAGCCGAAGGAUUGCACAAAAUAUCGGCGGAUAAGGAAAUAUGGCUUCGGUGUGGAAAAGAUUACAGCGUGUUGGGAAGCAUGCGUCCAAGUUCCAGUUUGUGGCCUCUUACCAGGAGCUCAUGGUGGAAUGCACAAAGAAAUGGCAACCAGACAAGCUGGUGGUGGUGUGGACCCGCAGGAGUCGACGGAAAUCCUCCAAGUCCCAUAGUUGGCAGCCUGGAAUAAAGAACCCGUAUCGAGGUGUGGUCAUCUGGCCUGUUCCUGAGAACGUUGAGAUCACAGUCACACUCUUCAAGGACCCUCACGCAGAGGAAUUUGAGGACAAGGAGUGGACAUUCGUCAUUGAAAAUGAGUCGCCCUCAGGUCGGCGCAAGGCCCUGGCCACCAGCAGCAUCAACAUGAAGCAGUAUGCCAGUCCCAUGCCCACGCAGACAGACGUCAAACUCAAGUUCAAGCCCCUGUCCAAAAAGGUGGUGGCUGCCACCCUGCAGUUCUCGUUGUCCUGCAUCUUUCUGCGUGAGGGCAAAGCCACGGAUGAAGACAUGCAGAGUCUCGCCAGCCUGAUGAGUAUGAAGCAGGCAGACAUUGGUAAUCUGGAUGACUUUGAGGAGGAGAACGAAGAGGACGAGGAGAACCGGGUGAAUCAGGAAGAGAAAGCUGCCAAGAUCACAGAAAUAGUAAACCAGUUGACUGCGCUCAGCAGCUCGCACGAGGAACCCGACGACUGCCUAAAGUGGCCUAAUAAGCCAGCCGCUAAGUCAGCCAGUUCUUCUGAAGAGCUCAUCAGCAAGCUAAACUUCCUGGAGGACGAUGACCAGGGUGACAGCAGCAUGGCCACCAAUCCCUUUGAAGACCACGGGGACUCCGAGCUAAACCCUUUUGGGGACCCAGACGAGGAAGAGUCCAUCUCCAAGCCCGCCUUCGUGGCCAGACAGAAGGAUGAGGAAAUCGUCUAUGACGUGGAUCCCACCAACCCAUUCAACGAGCCGGAUACCGAUUCGUCGCAGUACGGAAACCCCUUCGAUGAGACAGACCUAGAACUGGACACCUCCAAGGCUGAGCAGUCACCGCCAAAACCCAGCAAGAAGAAUGUGCAUCCGGUGGACAUGAGCAAAUACCUCUAUGCCCAUACUGCUCCGGCGGAUGAGGAGGAGCUGGAUGAGUCCAAUCCCUUUUAUGAGCCCCGCACUUCUAGUCCAGCACAACCCAUGACCCCCACUCUGGAGGCGAAAACCAAGAGGAAGGCCCCUGUAGCCCCUGCAGUCGCCCCCACGGCCCCGACACCAAAUACUCCCCCCGAGAAAGUGGCGGGUGGUCUUGCAGGAGUGAGGCAGGAGCUGGCCUCUUCCUCGCCCAAGCCAAGUCCCAUCCCCAGCCCCAUUCUGGGUGGAAAGCCCAAUGCCAGCCAGUCCCUACUGGCCUGGUGCAGGGAGGUGACCCGCAACUACCGUGGAGUGAAGAUCACCAACUUCACCACGUCAUGGAGGAACGGCCUGGCCUUCUGCGCCCUGCUGCACCAUUUCCGGCCCGACCUCAUUGACUACAAGAACCUAAAUCCGCAGGACAUUAAAGAAAAUAACAAAAAGGCAUACGACGGCUUUGCCCGCCUCGGCAUCUCACGGCUGCUGGAGCCUUCGGACAUGGUGCUGUUGGCCAUCCCUGACAAGCUGACCGUCAUGACGUACCUGUACCAGAUCCGGGCACACUUCAGUGGCGAGGAGCUCAAUGUGGUGCAGAUUGAGGCCAACAGCAGCCGCAGCACAUACAAGGUGGGCGACUUUGAGACCGACACGGACAGCUCCAUUGGUCAGGACAAGUUCUACGCCGAGCUCAAUGACCUGAGGCGGGACAGUGAUACGCAGUCUGCCGGCAGCACCGUCGACGGGCCUGGCCUGGUCGGCGAGGAGUCUGCGCCGUGUGUCACGGCUACGGCCGUGUCUCUGGCAACUGUGUCUGCAGGAGAGCCCAGUGUCGAGCGGACCUCCACUUUACCCCCGCAAAGCUCCAGCUCUGUCACCGAAUUUCCCUCAUCAGCCCCUCAGGCCAGGACCUCUGAUGUCUUUACCGAGCCCGGGCCGGCUCUUGGUUCCCCGGCUAGCGACAGAGGGACCGACGGCGCUGAUUUACCGCAGCCCCAUCCAGUGCCAAGGAUGCCGAAGGGGGAGACUUUGGACCAGGGAAACCAGCAGCUGAGGGCUCAGGAGGACAAGCCGGUUCCGGAAGCGGGCCUUUCCUGGGAGCCAGGUGGAGAGGGGGGAGGUGGGGACGGGGAGCCGAAUGGCAGGGGUGUGGAGCCCGGCUCACCCACCCAGAGGGCAGCACCGUCGUCGCCUCUACAGCUGGGCCUCUACUGCAACAAAGAUACUGAGCUUAUGAAGCCGAAGUGGGCGGGCCUGCAGAACAUGGGGGCGGAGCCUACCGGUGUCGGACAGGGCCAGGCGCAGCAGCAAGUCGACGGGCAGCGCAGUGCGCAGGAGGUGACGCCCGUCGCUGUGACGAAUGUCUCCGAGGAGAAGAAGGCACAGUCCCGGCAGGAGGAGCUGAAGGAAAGGGCCCGGCUCCUCCUGGAGCAGGCUCGGCGCGACGCUGCCAUGAAGGCCUGCAGCAAGCAGCUGGGUGUCGCCACACCGUCCUGCGCGCCCCCACGGUCCACGCACGUUGUCGAUGAGCGGGACGAGGAGAGGCGUCGGCAGCUGAGGGAACGUGCCCGGCAGCUCAUUGCAGAGGCGCGGUCGGGCGUGAGGAUGGCGGAGCUGCCUCUGUACGGUGACACUGGGGCGGAGAAGCUGAGGGCACGGCUGCGGCCCGCUGGAGGUGCGCAGAAUAGCAAGCACAUCGACCUAAAGCUGAAGCGGCUUCUGGACGUGCGGUUGCAGACCGCAAACUCAUCCACCCCCGCAGGCCCCACCCCUGACCCAUGGGGCCUGGGAGAGGGACCUGAUUCCGAUGGCCUCCAGAAUAACGUGGACGAACUGCGGGCAGAACGUCUGCGCAGGGCUGCGGAGCGACUGCGCAACCCGGUGGUGUUCAACAAGGAGUCAGCAGUCAGGAAGACACAGCUGAAGUCCUUCAGCCAGUUCGUGGAGAGCAGGCCAGAGGUGAAGAAGCAGAAAUCGGCGCCUGAGGACUGGAAGAGGCCCAGCGAAGAGAGGGGCCCCACAAUGGACUUGGAGCGCAGGCCCACUGAAGACGAAGUAGUCCGUCCCCAUCACAAGGCCUUCAAAGACACCAGCCAGUACGUUGUGGGCGAGCUGGCGGCACUGGAGAGCGAGCAGAAGCAGAUCGACACACGGGCGUCGCGAGUGGAGAAGAGGCUACGGUACCUCAUGGACACAGGGAACAACAGGGAAGAGGAGGAGUCCAUGAUGCAGGAGUGGUUCACGCUGGUGAACAAGAAGAACGCUCUGAUCCGGAGACAGAACCAGCUCUCCCUGCUGGAAAAAGAGCAUGAUCUGGAGAGACGCUUCGAGCUGCUCAACCGGGAGCUGAGAGCCAUGCUGGCCAUUGAAGACUGGCAGAAGACGGAGGCGCAGAAGCGGAGGGAGCAGCUGUUGCUGGAUGAGCUCGUCAUACUGGUGAACAAGCGCGACGCGCUGGUCAGAGACCUGGACGCCCAGGAGAAGCAGGCUGAAGAGGAAGAUGAGCAUCUGGAGCGAACACUGGAGCAAAGCAAAGGAAAAAUGGCAAAAAAAGAAGAAAAAUGUGUCAUUCAGUGAUCCGUUCUGGAGGGGGGGGGGCAUUUAGUUAAGUAAAAUGUAUCUUUAUUAUAGUGACUAUUAAACACUUCAUUCAAUUAAUGACAA